AUGGAUUACUGCUUCAGGUCUCUCACCAGAGUAUCAAUUUCCACCAUUGUUCUCGCCAUCUUGCUUUCUUCAUUCAGUUUCACUUGCACAUGUAUGAAUCUUCUUUACAUUCAAGUUCUUGAAGUUUCACUUAUGGGAGGGUGUAUUGAAUCCUAUGAUGCACAUGCACUCAACCCGAAUGGAAACAUCACAAUCAAGUGGGAUAUUAAUAGUUGGACCCCUGAUGGCUAUGUUGCUGUUGUGACAAUGUAUAACUUCCAGCAAUAUCGUAACAUUUCAUCACCAGGGUGGACAUUAGGUUGGACAUGGGCUAAAAAGGAGGUGAUAUGGAGCAUGUUGGGCAGUCAAACCACCGAGCAAGGAGACUGUUCAAGAUAUAAAGGUGCAAUACCACAUUGUUGCAUGAAAACUCCAACUGUCAUUGAUUUAUUACCAGGAACCCCUUACAAUCAACAAAUUGCAAAUUGCUGCAAGGGAGGUGUCAUUAGCUCGUGGGCCCAAGAUCCUAACAAUUAUGCCAGUUCAUUCCAGGUCAGCAUCGGUGUAGCCGGAACCACUAAUAGAACAGUCAAACUACCCAAGAACUUUACCUUGCUUGCACCUGGCCCGGGCUAUACGUGUGGACCCGCUGUAGUUGGUAAACCAACAAAGUUUAUUACUCCAGAUGGAAGAAGAGUAACCCAAACUAUGAGUAAGUAUACUGUUUCUUUUUCAUUUGAUAGACUUACUGCGUUAAGCACUUAA